AUGAAGUGGAAAGAUGCUCACGACUAUUGCAGAAGACAAGGCGGCGCGCUUGCUUAUUUCAAUAAUCAAGAAGAGUACGACUUGUUCACCAAAGAUUUGGAUUUCUCCGCCAAUAACGGAUGGAACGUUUGGUACAAGGAAUGGCUUGGAAUUAGACGAAUGGGAACCGAAUUCAGACAGAACGGAAGCUAUGAAGGCUGGGAGUCAAUAGGAUACAUCAACAUUCGAAAGAAGGAGCAGCUCUUUUUCAAGUGGAAAUCAGACGAGCCGAACAACUCACGAAACUACAAGUCCUACUCGGGAAGAUACGGAAAUCGUCAAGAAUCUUGCGUGGAAUUCGACAUCAAUGAUUUGCAGUGGAAUGAUCUCAGAUGCAACAAGCGCAUGCGUUUCCACUGUAGAUUUGACGACUGCUAG